AUGUCUACACCCGUGUCUUCACCCGUGUCUUCACCCGUGUCCGCACCCGUGUCUCCACCCGUGUCUGCACCCGUUUCUGCACCUGUGUCCGCACCCGUGUCUCCACCCGUGUCUGCACCCGUUUCUGCACCUGUGUCCGCACCCGUGUCUCCACCCGUGUCUGCACCCUUUGGGCUAAAGACCCAUCACCGCGAGCGCCUCUUCCGCCUCAGACCGCCUCAGACCGCUGGAGCUCGCGGGCGCCGUGCGUUUGAAAUGCGCGAGCGUCUUUGA